CCGAUUCAAAUUUUUGGAUUUAGAUUCAUAUUCUAAAGUUCUGAUAUAUUACAGCUAAACUUCUAAGCUUCCAUUACAUUUUUGCUUUCUUUUAUUAAAACCAGAGAUCAACAAAAGCAGAAAGAUGGAGAAUUUGCCAAAUCCUGAAGAAAACGACGAUGUGGGUUAUCAUCAGUCACCUGGUUCCAUCGAUCCAAAUGAUCAUUCAGCAUCUGAAACUCCGGUUUACUCAACGAUGAGCACAGAUUCCUUUGCUUAUCAUCGAACAUGUUCUGAAACCUCAAGAGGAGGCUUUUCAGACCAUAUAGAUGAAACCAGCAGUUUCUGCAGUGAGGUUUCUCCUAGUGAUUGGCCUGUUUUAACCGAAUCCGACAAGUCUGCGAGCUCAAAUUGUCUAACUGCCUUAGAAAUGAAACAUAAUCAGAAUGAGAAUCUUGCGGUCCAAGAAAUUUCAGAGCCAGAAUUGGAGACGAUGAAGGAAAGAUUCUCGAAGCUUCUGCUUGGGGAAGAUAUGUCAGGAAGCGGCAAAGGCGUUUGCACCGCAGUGACAAUCUCAAACGCUAUAACCAAUCUUUAUGCUACUGUUUUUGGACAGAAUCUAAGAUUAGAGCCAUUGGAGAUAGAGAAGAAGACAAUGUGGAAGAGAGAAAUGAAUUGCCUUCUCUCUGUGUGUGACUAUAUUUUCGAGUUUAUCCCAAAGUCACAGAAUCUAAGCAAUGGAGCCACUGUUGAGGUCAUGGAGAGUAGACCAAGAGCAGAUAUCUACAUCAAUUUGCCUGCACUCAGAAAACUAGAUUCCAUGCUUAUGGAGGCAUUGGAUGGUUUUCAAAAGACAGAGUUUUGGUAUGCAGAAGAAGGAAGCUUGUCAAUGAAGUCAACACGUUCUGCAACUGGAUCAUUCAGGAAAGUGAUUGUACAGAGGAAAGAAGAGAAAUGGUGGUUUCCAAUUCCUCUGGUUCCAUCACAAGGUUUGUCAGAGAAAGCAAGGAAACAACUUAAGAGCAAGAGAGAGAGCACUAAUCAAAUCCAUAAAGCUGCUAUGGCCAUCAAUAGCAGCAUCCUCGGUGAAAUGGAUAUUCCAGAUUCUUACAUGGCAACUCUUCCAAAGAGCGGAAAAGCAAGCACAGGAGAUUCAAUCUAUCGACACAUGACGAGUUCAGGGAGGUUUUUACCAGAAAAACUUCUAGAUGGUCUCAGGAUUGUAUCAGAACAUGAAGCGCUUCAGUUGGCAGAUAGAGUAGAAGCUUCAAUGUACACAUGGAGACGCAAAGCUUGUCUUAACAAUUCCAAGUCUUCAUGGAAUAUGGUGAAAGAUCUAAUGUCAAUUACAGAGAGAAGAGACAAGAACUAUGUUUUGGCUGAGAGAGCAGAGUCUUUGCUCUUCUGUUUGAAACAACGGUACCCAGAAUUGUCUCAGACAUCAUUAGAUAUUUGCAAGAUUCAUUACAACAAGGAUGUUGGAAAAGCUGUGUUAGAGAGUUAUUCAAGAGUUCUUGAAGGUUUAGCUUUUAACAUAGUUGCUUGGAUUGAUGAUGUUCUUUAUGUAGACAGAACAAUGAGAGGAGAAGAAUGAUGAGUAUAAUUACUUUUAAUUUCUUCUCCUUGUAAAUUAGAUUCAAAUUGAAGUAAAAUCCUAUUCAGAUU